UAAUAUUACUGUGUUGUGUAACGCAGCAUUGAGGGUGGAAUCCUAUUCAAUGACUUACAGCAUGGCGCUAUCGAAACACUCUUCUGAUAUUGAGAACCUACUUGCCCUCAAUCCCAAGACAAAGCCACAUGCAAGUUUGGUUUCUACAUCAACAACAAAGUCCAACAGAAAAUUUUGGAAGAGGAAUCAGGAAAAGGGCUGUUCUAGUUGUGAAAGUCUUGUGAACAACUUUGAUGAUGUCAAACAUACAACCUUGAGUGAAAGGGCAGCUUUAAGGGAGGCAGCAAGAUGUCUCAAGUGUGCUGAUGCUCCUUGCCAGAAGAGUUGUCCAACACAGUUGGAUAUCAAGUCAUUUAUCACCAGCAUUGCCAAUAAGAACUAUUACGGAGCAGCAAAGGCGAUCUUGAGUGAUAAUCCCCUUGGUCUGACCUGUGGUAUGGUAUGCCCUACAAGUGACCUUUGUGUAGGGGGCUGUAAUUUGUAUGCCUCUGAGGAGGGACCCAUUAACAUUGGUGGCUUGCAGCAGUUUGCUACAGAGAUUUUUAAGAAGAUGAGAAUUGGACAAGUACGUGAUCCUUCAGUGGUUUCUGUUGACCAGCUUCCUGAGAGUUACUACUCUAAGGUGGCGUUGAUCGGAUGUGGUCCUGCAUCAAUAAGUUGUGCAACAUUUUUGGCUCGUCUUGGUUACACAAACUUGACAGUAUUUGAAAAAGAGAAUUAUAUUGGUGGUUUAAGCUCCUCAGAGAUUCCACAAUACAGGCUUCCAUAUGAUGCAGUUAACUUUGAAGUGGAACUCAUGAAGGACCUUGGAGUCAAGAUUGAACUUGGUAAAGGUUUAGGUAAAGAUGGACUUUCCAUCAAAGCUCUCUGGGAAGCAGGGUAUGAAAGCAUCUUUAUUGGUAUUGGUCUGCCUCAGCCCAAGCUAUCACCAGUGUUUGCUGGGUUAAAUGUGCAGAAUGGAUUCUACACGUCUAAAGAUUUCCUACCAGUGGUAUCUAUGGGAAGCAAGGCUGGUAUGUGUUCCUGUAAGGCAAAACUACCAGAACUCUUUGGACAUGUGAUUGUCCUUGGGUGUGGAGACACAGCCUUUGACUGUUGUACUUCUGCUCUCCGUUGUGGAGCUCGCAAAGUAUCAGUCAUCUUCAGAAAAGGCUUCACUAACAUAAGAGCAGUGCCAGAAGAGAUGCAACUGGCUGUCGAAGAGAAGUGUGAAUUCUUGCCUUUUCUGUCACCAAAAAAGGUUCAUGUUAAAGAUGGAAAAAUCUGCGCUAUGGAGUUCAGCAAAACAGAGCAGUUGGACGAUGGUUCAUGGAUUGAAGAUGAAGAACAGACUCUAAAGAUAAAAGUAAACUUUGUCAUUUCAGCGUUUGGUUCCACUCUUGCUGAUAAUGAUGUUAUCAAAGCCAUGGCACCUUUGAAGUUCAGUAAAUGGGGACUCCCAGAGGUGGAUCCACACACAAUGAGUUCGAGUGAGCCUGGAAUAUUUUGUGGAGGAGACAUUGCUGGAGUGGCGAACACAACAGUGGAAAGUGUUAAUGAUGGAAAGCAAGCUGCCUGGCAUAUUCACAAGUAUUUACAGGCACUAUACGGCUUACCAGUACCAAAGGAGCCAUGUUUGCCGAAGUUCUACACUCCUAUAGAUGAAGUAGACCUCAGUAUAGACAUAUGUGGAUUAAAGUUUGUUAAUCCAUUUGGCUUAGCAAGUGCACCUCCAACUACCAGUGCUGCCAUGAUCAGACGAGGAUUUGAAGCUGGCUGGGGAUUUGCCGUAACGAAGACUUUUGCACUUGACAAGGACAUUGUAACUAACGUGUCACCUCGCAUAGUGCGCGGAACAACCUCAGGUCAUCUGUAUGGCCCAGGUCAAGGUGCUUUUCUCAACAUAGAACUCAUCAGUGAAAAGACAGCAGCUUAUUGGUGUCGCUCUGUGACAGAGCUCAAGAAAGAUUUUCCCGACAAGAUCGUAAUUGCCAGCAUUAUGUGUGGAUAUUCCAAGGAAGACUGGACUGAAUUGGCUAAAAUGGCCGAGGAUUCAGGAGCAGAUGCACUAGAAUUAAACUUAUCAUGUCCACAUGGAAUGGGAGAGAGAGGCAUGGGUCUAGCUUGUGGUCAGGACCCAGAAUUAGUCCGAAACAUUUGCCGAUGGAUACGAAGUGCCAUUAAAAUUCCAUUUUUCGCAAAAUUAACUCCAAAUGUCACGGAUAUCGUCAACAUUGCCAGAGCUGCCAAAGAAGGUUGUGCUGAUGGAGUGACUGCUACUAACACAGUGUCUGGCUUGAUGGGCCUGCGUCCGAACAGUGCUGCAUGGCCAGCAGUCGGAAAAGAACAAAAAACUACUUAUGGAGGUGUGUCCGGCAAUGCAAUUCGACCCAUUGCAUUACGAGCUGUAUCUGCAAUUGGCAGAGCCCUUCCUGGUUUUCCAAUCUUAGCUACUGGGGGAGUGGAUAGUGCCGAAGCAGCGCUACAAUUUCUUCAUUGCGGAGCAUCUGCUGUUCAGGUAUCGAGUGCUGUACAAAACCAAGACUUCACCCUAAUUGACGAUUACACGACUGGUUUGAAGUGCUUGCUUUAUCUUCAAACUGUUCAAGAACUCUCUACAUGGAAUGGCCAAAGUCCUCCUACACCCAAACACCAAAAAGGCAAAACUGUUCCUAAAAUAGCUGAGCUGGUGGGAAAGUCCCUUCCUAGUUUUGGACCAUUCCUUCAGGAAAGAAAUGCUGUUGUUGCGAGGUAUAAAGAAAACAUUGACCUAUUGGGUAAAGAAUUUGAGCCCGAGGAAGUCAGGCCAGCUUUUAAACCGGACAAACCUGCUUUACCACUCAAGGAUGUAGUUGGCGCGGCUUUGGACCGAAUUGGCUCCUAUGGUGACCUGGAUAACAGGCAACAAGUUGUUGCUGUAAUUGACGAAGAUUUAUGUAUAAACUGUGGCAAAUGCUACAUGACUUGUAAUGACUGUGGCUAUCAGGCCAUCACCUUUGAUGCUCAAACACAUCUUCCGCAUGUUACUGACGACUGUACUGGCUGUACAUUGUGUUUUUCUGUUUGCCCAGUUAUUGAUUGUAUCAAGAUGGUUCCGAGGGGAGGUCCUUACAAGCCAAGCCGUGGUGUUCCGCUGGCUGUUAUUGGAGAGGCAUAAAUUAAAUUCAAUCAGCAGUCGUACUGACUGCUGAACUUUUGGCAGUCCACAUCAAUCAUCAGACAUUUUAGAGUGUACCGAGUACUUUCUCCACAGGGAACACUCUUUUUUUUCUUUUUGUGGUCUUAAAUCCGUUAUGAUUAUUUAACUUGAGAAGGGUUGGGAAUUGAACGAUAAUUAUUUGUUUCAUUCUGUUAUCCUUUUUAUGUUUUUGUGCCUUAGGGAAGCUUACCUUUUAUACAACUACGAUGAUGCUAGAGAUGAUACUAGUGAUAUCGAACAGGUGAUACGCAAAAUCAGUGAUGACUGUGUGGUCAAGAAUCGUGAUCAUGAGCAUAGUUAUCGAUGUUCUCAGUAAAUUUCGUUUUGUACUUAAUGCAAAUAGUAAUAAAACUCUCCCUUCAGUA